UGGGCUGCCUUUCCCGCACCUAGAGCCGCGCAGCCUCUGGCAGGAGCAGCGAGACGUACCGAGGGCCCUGUACUCAGCCCGCUGGGGUGUGGCUGCUCCCCCUUGGCCCGGGGGCAGCGUGGCUGGCGCUGAUUUGAUUGCACGCGCUGUAUUUUUGCAUUCUCUGUCUCUUGCUAGGUGCAGCCUCCUGCUCCCCUCCAGCAUCCAUGAUGGCUGAGCCGCAGCCGCUGCCCUGUGCAAUGCGGCUCCUUUCAGCUAUUGCUAUGGGGGUGCUGCUGGCAGGUCCCUCCUCGGCUGCAGCAGGGGAUGCCCCGCCUGGCAAAAUAGCCGUGGUGGGCGCCGGGAUAGGUGGCUCGGCAGUGGCCUACUUCUUGCAGCAGCACUUUGGACCACAGGUGCAGCUGGACGUAUAUGAGAAGGGCAGUGAGGGGGGCCGACUGGCCACCAUCAUCGUCAACAAGCAGCAGUACGAGUGCGGUGGCGCCUCUAUCCACUCGCUCAGCCUGCACAUGCAGGACUUCGUCAAGCUCCUGGGCCUGAAGCACCGACGAGAGGUGGCAGGGAAGAGCGCCAUCUUCAGUGGAGAGCAGUUUGUCCUGGAGGAGACGGACUGGUACCUGCUGAACCUCUUCCGGCUCUGGUGGCACUAUGGAAUCAGCUUCCUGCGCCUGCAGAUGUGGGUGGAGGAGGUGAUGGAGAAGUUCAUGAGGAUCUACAAGUACCAGGCACAUGGCUAUGCCUUCUCCAACCUGGAGGAGCUCCUGCGCUCGCUGGGUGGCGAAACCUUCAUCAACAUGACGCAGCGCUCUGUGGCCGAGUCCCUGCUGGAGGUGGGCGUCACGCAGCGCUUCAUCGACGACGUCAUCGCAGCCGUCCUGCGCUCCAGCUACGGCCAGUCAGUGCUCGUGCCCGCCUUUGCAGGGGCCAUGUCGCUGGCAGGGGCUCAGGGCAAUACGUGGGCUGUGGAAGGCGGCAACAAGCUGGUAUGUUCGGGUUUGCUGAAGCUAACUAAAGCCAACGUGAUCCAGGCCAGGGUGACAGGUGUCUCUCUGCACAGCUCAGAUGGGAAAGCCCUGUACCAGGUGCGCUACGAGGAUGACGAAGGCCAAGGCUCGGCCUUUUAUGACAUGGUGGUUAUCGCCACACCGCUGCAUUCCGGCAGGAGCAACAUCACCUUUGAGAACUUUGACCCCCCCAUCACUGACUUCCCAGGCUCCUUCCAUCCCACCAUCACCUCCGUUGUCCACGGCUACCUCAACUCCUCCUACUUCGGCUUCCCUGACCCCAAGCUUUUCCCCUUCGCUAGUGUCCUCACCACUGACUCCCCCGACCUCUUCUUCAACGCCAUGGACAACAUCUGCCCCGUCAACAUCUCAGGCGCCUUCCGGCGCAAGCAGCCCCAGGAGGCUGCCAUCUGGCGGGUCCUCUCCCAGCAGCCCCUGGACAAGCAACAGCUGAAGACCCUCUUCCGCUCCUACUAUUCAGUCCAGGUGACGGAAUGGCAGGCUUACCCCCACUAUGACUCCACCAAGAGUAUCCCGCCCAUCAUCCUCCACGACAACCUCUUCUACCUCAACAGUGUGGAGUGGGUGGCCAGCUCCAUGGAAAUGGCUGCCGUGGCAGCUAAGAACGUGGCACUCCUGGCUUACAACCGGUGGUACCAGGACCUGGAGAAGAUUGACCAGAAGGACUUGAUGCAUAAGGUGAAGACUGAACUGUGACACGAGGGGGGCUGCUGGGGAGCUGGCCAGGAGCCUCUUCAUUUACUAGCCUGCUGAGAGUUUAUCGUUGGGGGAGAGACCACUGGAUUUCUGGCCAAGAGGAGGGGAGGGUCUGGCCAAUGAGUUCCUUGUAUGUUGUUGCCUUCAAUAACGCCCUCCCUGCACCACCCUGUGGCGCUAAUGCCAGGUGCCUGCUACAGGCAUCAAUGCUCAGGCUUCCUCCCUACCCAGCCAGCGCCAGGGU